GCCCGCCCGCGCGCAUCCACAGCACUAUAGCCGGCGGGCGGCGGCGUCGGCCGCGGUCAGCCCGUGAAGUCUGUGAGUGGACCAGUAUCAGGCCGGCCCGAGAGUGAGAGGCGGCCCCGGCCGUCCAUGUCCGCAGUGCCCUCGUCGCCGAGCCCGAGUCCGCCAUGACCAAGUGCGUGCUGCUGCUGGGUCUACUCGCCCUCGCGGGCCUGCCGUUGCCUUCGCGGGGGGAGGUGCUCCCAGAGAGCCCCCCGCAGUCCCUGGACGCCGAGGAGCCGGCGGAGGCCACGACCGCCGCCGCCGCCGGCCAGGACCUCGUCGUGCUGGACGCCAACAGCCCCGCGGCCACGGCCAAGGCGCAGAAGCUGUCGGAGCAGGUGCACAACAUCCUGGAGCACUUCAAGCAGCCCGACCCCAAGGGCUUCCCCGGCACCCAGGUCCCGGACCCGAUGCAGGUGCCGCCCAUGAGCUAUCCGUUCGCGGGCGCCACCAUGGACUUUAGCAACGUGAUGCUUCACGGCCUGAGCGAGUUCCGCUUCCACGAGGCCAGCAUCAACGUGACCACCAUGCAGGGCAAGGCGACGGCGCGCAUCGAGUCGGCGCUCAUCCUGGGCAACUACACGAUGUGCACGUGGUUCAGCUGCUCGUCGGGCGGCUUCACCGUCACGCUCGGCGGCGUGCUCGUGACCGCGGUGGCGGGCCUGGAGGUGGGCCCGCGCGGCCGGCUGCGCGCCGAGGAGUUCGGCAUGGACGUCACCUUCGACCACAUCGCCAUGGACUUCAAGAACCUGGGCUUCAUGAUGUCCUUGUUCCAGAGCAUCAUCAACAAGGUCGGCUCCUUCCUCUUCGACAACAUCAAGCCCUUCAUCCUGUCCUCGCUCAACACGCAGAUCCGCGCCGAGCUGGACCAGCAGGUGGCGGCCGUGAACGUCGGCUUCCCCAGCUCCCUCGCGCCCGUCGACAUGAUGGUGGCCGACGCCAGGCACACGGUGCGCAGCAUGGGCCUCGACCCGUACCGCCUGCCGGACGUCACCAAGAAGGUCGGCCCCGUGGAGGCCUCCGUCACCAGCCUGCACGCCCGGGGGCUGUCCUCCUUCUACCGCAAGGGCGACGUGGCGCUGUGGAUGCGCGAGCACGUGCUGCACGCCGUGGCGCACAUCGCCACCAAGCGGCUGACGGGCACGUGCAAGUGGGCGCUGAGCCUCCCGGACGCCCCCGCCCUCCUGCGGCCCCUCACGCAACGCACCGGCGACGCCUCCUUCACCGUCGAGUACCUCGAGGUGCGGAUGGUGUUCAACCAGAGCCUCGACACGCGUCGCCACCCUUACCUGGAGGAGCUCGACCUCACCCUGGGCUCCAUGCAGCUCGUGUCCCGGGGCGACGCCGGCAAGCUCAACGCGUUCACCGAGUUCGGCGCCAACGUGCUGCCCAACCUGCUCCGCUACCAGAUCGUCGACGCCCUUGAGGCGCCCAUCGCGCAGCGGAUCCAGGAGGUGCUGGACCAGGUCAACGUGGAGGAGCUCAUCAACGAAAAGUUCGACGACAUCGACGGCAUCCUGGCCAAGGCCGGGGUGACGACGCUGGUGCCGGGCGUCGGGACGACCCCGGGGCCGGCGGCGUAGACUGCAGACGACGAGGCCACACUGUACAGAUCACAAUCAUAUUUAUUAUUGCUCUCUGAAA